AUGAUGCAACAAUCAAAGAGGCUUGUAAAGAACAAACAAUUGGCCAAUCAUCAUCUAUUUGCUAAUGGCUUGAUUAAUUCAUCCACUAAUAGUACUAUUAGAAAAUUUAAUAAUUGUAAAUUUAAUCAUUCGGAAAAAAAGAAAGAAACACCAAGCACAUCAGAUGAUUAUCAUCCAAGCUUGAAUGAUUUUGUUGCUUUCUGUAAGAGAAGAGGAUUUGCCUAUCAAGGAUCAUCACUCUAUGGUGGAUUGAGUGGUUCUUUUGAUUAUGGUACUAUUGGAGCUCAAUUGAAGAAAAAUUUGAAGGAUCUUUGGUGGAAAGACUUUGUUGAACUUAGAAGGGAUUGUGUUGGUAUUGAUACUCCAAUUAUUUUACAUUCUAAAGUUUGGGAAAAGUCUGGCCACAUUGGAAAUUUUACUGAUCCUAUGGUGACAUGUUUAUCUUGUCACUCUAGAUUUGAAGUUGAAAAUUUGUUAAAAAGACAACAAAAUCCAGAAACAAAGCCAACAAUCGACAAGAUGGAAACUGCAAAAGAAAAAAUUGAAUGGAUGAAUCAAAAUUCCUCACAAGUUACUUGUCCAUGUGAAAAGAAGGCUAACUCUUGGGAUAAGAUUAGAAACUUUGACAUGCUUUUCAAAACCAUGUAUGGACCAAUUGAAAAGGAAGAAAAUACUGCCUAUUUGAGACCAGAAACAGCUCAAGGUAUCUUUAUCAACUUUAACAAUGUUAUUACCACCUCCAGAAAGAGACUUCCACUCGGUGUUGGUCAAAUUGGUAAGGCAUUCAGAAAUGAAAUUUCACCAAGAGAUUUCAUUUUCAGACAACGUGAAUUCGAACAAAUGGAAUUGGAAUAUUUCUGUCAUCCAACUCAAUCCUCUGACUAUUUCAAAUAUUGGGUCAACUUUUGUCAUGAAUGGCUUUUAAAGUAUGGCCUCAAGAAGGAUAAUGUCAGAAUUUAUACCAAGACUCAAGAUUUGGCUCACUACUCUAAGGAAACAUCUGAUAUUGAAUACUUAUUCCCAUUUGGUUGGUCUGAAAUUUGGGGUAUUGCCAAUAGAACUGAUUAUGAUUUGCAAGCUCACGUUCAACCAUCAAAGAAGGAUAAGCACACUUUCGAAUAUGUUGACCCUCAAACCAAUGAAAAGUAUGUUCCUCACGUUGUUGAACCAUCAGCAGGUGCAGAUAGAGUAUUAUUUGCCUUCCUCUAUGAUGCUUACAAUGUAGAAGAAGUUCCAGGUGAAGAAAAGAGAGUUGUCUUAAAGAUUCAUCCUGACCUCGCUCCAUACAAGUUUGCUGUCUUCCCACUCCAAAAGAAGCCAGUAGAAUUAAUGAGUAAGGCUGAAGAAAUCUACUCUCAACUCGCCUCAGUUGUCUCCACAGAUUAUGAUGUUUCUUCCAGCAUUGGAGUAUUGUACAGAAGACAUGACGAAAUUGGUACUCCUUAUUGUAUCACUAUUGACCAUCAAACCUUAAAGGAUAACACUGUCACUGUUAGAGACAGAGAUACCAUGAAGCAAAUCAGAAUGAAUAUCAACGAUAUUGUCACCAAUCCAUUGCACCUCCUCAAGAACAAUCCUUUCAAUUAA